UUGGCCGUUCACCCUCACCGGAUUUCACAGUUGCCUCUACCCCAGCAACCUGCCCCGCUUACGAAGACAGUCAGGAUGAGAUUACCGCCGAUCCGAGUACAAGUCAACAAACCGUACCCCAUAUUGCAUGUGCACUUGGUACUGGUGAUCUAUUUCCUUACCUUUCAUCGAUAGCUUGUCGAAAAGAAGCCGUGGAGUUCCCCUCAAACAGAGGUAUUGUGCAGAAUAGAGUGCCAAACGUCGACAUGGAUGCCAGCCCAGUAAAGAAAACGCAAAGAAAAAAACUUGUUCAGAUAAAAACUCUCAUUCAAUUACCCGACAGUAAACUAUAUGUUCGCACUACUAUUAUAUUUUAGCCGAUGAAUACGACUUUGUGUAAAGAUACCUUGCAUGGGACAUGCGCGUCCAAGACACGAAUAUAGUGAACAACGCUGAACCUUCUCUCGCUGCCUUUUGUUAAAUACAAUGCACAGUUUUUA